AUGUCCCGUCGCUUUGCAGCCGUUGUAUGGCGCUGCCUCCGCCUGGCGCUAACUGCUGCCCUCGCCGUCGUACUGACGGCAACACUCGCGCUGGCACCGGAGGACCAGCCGGGGGGCAGGCUUCUCGCUGAAUUUGCGGCGGGCGACCACCAACAAGGUGAGUCCUGGCCAUGGCAGACGUGGAUCGUAGCCAUCCUCUUUGUGCUGGUAUGUGGGUGUGGGCAACUUCUCUGUUGUUUCGGCUGCCUUAGAAACGGCUGGGACCGGGGCGAUUUUCAGACCUUGGGUCCGUACACGCCCAUCUCGCAGACGGAGUUUCAGGCAGAUGGCUGGGCGGAGUCCAACGGUGUGAAGCCGGAUCAUGAAAAGAUUGGGCGCGUGCUGCGUCAGGAAAUGCGGCUGAUGAUGCUUUAUCCUGUGAUUUCGAUUCUGGCCGCAGCCGACAGCAGCUGUGAGAAAGGGAUGCCUCUGUGGGGAUAUGCGCUGUACAUCCCGCUUCUCCUUCGCGCAAAGUGGAUUGAGAUCAAAAUCCUCCGCGCCCUAAACGAGGACUGGAGCAACAUCUUCCUGGCACCAGGUUUCUGGCUGGGCUGCCUGGAGCAUGCCGACUGGUUCACAGACGGUGCUCUUCCUGUUCAGGCCUACCUGUGCGGGCCCAGUGUGACAGAACGCUUCGCCGAGAGCUUCGAGCUUUCCAUGGCCUGGCCUCUCGCCCCCAUCGUACGAAUGCUCCACUUCUGGGGUCUGCUCACCGUAGUGCUCGGAUUCGCGGCAUUAAGUCAGCAGCUCCUGGGCAGCGCCGAUCUCGGAGACUGUCACGAUUUGGCAGCCGAUGUGCCCGGCUUCGGUGCGGUAGCCAGCUGGUACGAAGACUUUGAGCAGGACCACGGCUGGAAGCAAGCAGCGCAGGAGACUGGGUGUCUCUCAGAACGCGCCCUCUUGACGUCCGUCUCCAAGGUCUUUCUGGAAAAUGUCGCGCAGCUUUGGCUGCAGGCCAGUUUCUUCGCUUUGAUCUUCGGCAGACUUCAUCACACCGGCAAGGUCAAGCUGCUGAUUUCCAUGGGCCUCGGGCUGAUCAGCUGCGUCUGCAAAACGCUUCCCAUGGCAGUUGGGCUUUGCCGGGCGCUGGCCACGGGCAGUGUCGGCCCCGAGGUGGGCCUCAUAGUACUGUCGUGCCAGCUGUUCGCCAUCCUGGGCGUCGCAUGGACCGUGGCGAAGCUCGUCAACUCCUUCGACUGCCCCUCGCACCUCUGGAAUCUGACGAGUGGCUGUGUGCCCCCCGGGGUCCUGACCGUCUCUGGUUAG